AUGUCGCUCCUCGACGCGCACUUGGAACAGAUUUCGCUCUGUGCGCAGUCCAUUGCCGAGCUACCGUUUCCCCCGCCGAAGAUAUUCACAAACGCGCUUCUCCAGUCUCACGAUAUUACGAGUUUGAUCCGCGAUACAGAAUCACACGAGAGAGCGCUUUUUUCUGUCCCGCCGGCCGCUGCAGCCUCCAAAGCUCAGGAAUCUGUCGGGGGUUCGAACAGACGUAACACGAUAUUCAACCCCACCGGCGCCGCCGCGGGUAUCGCUGGAGGAGGCGCGAAUGCCAUGAGAGCACCCAAGAGAAACACGGCCGUUGCGGCUGUUCUGGGUAAUGAGCUCGUCGAGCGAAUACGACAAGGAGGUGGAGGUGGGGCUGGCAGCGGCCUUGGAUACCGAGCAUACGAUGGCGGCAACAAGAAUGACAUAGAUGUGGAAACACUGCUGGAGGGAGCUGAGAAGCUACUGGGCGUAUAG